CUCUCUCCCCGGCGGCAGCGCUGCGGCUCCGGGGCUGCUGCCAGCAAGCCGUGGCGGCGGCGGGGGGGUCCUCCGGGGGGGUUCCCGAGCAGCGACGGGGCCGGCCGGCAGCCCGUGGGCCGCUGUUGCCGGGUGUGCGGGGGGAGGGGGGGGGGAUAUGGGGGGGAACGGCUGGUGGGGGGGCCGCGCGGUUCCAGCGGGUUGGAGCUGAGAUGGAGUGCGAGGAGUCGGCUGCUGAGAGCGGUUCGCUUUAGUGGAGCUGGAGGCAGCGUUGGCUCUCAGCCUGCGUGCUUGCAGUGCACGGUGGGGGGGCUGAGGCUCCUGGCACCGACGGGCACAUCCUUACUCAGGAACUACGCAGCGCUCGGAGGAGCUCAGCCUGAUAUUUGCCCGCGGUGGUCCGGGGAGAGCUGCAGGAACUGUGCUGGUGCAGUUUGGGGCUGGUGAGACCCAGCUGUGCUGCUCUGGCACACAUGUGCAGCCAUGCAGCGCGCUGCUUCUGGGGCAGAGCUGCUCAAAAUCCCCUCUGACUCGGUGAUUUGGUGAUUUGCAUUGGCGGUAGCUCUGUUGAGUCACCGUAUGGAAAGUCGGGAGGUCUAAGAUAAAAAUGAAGGCGACCCCUGAGCUGAGCUGAUGUGCUGUUCCUGGCUGAGCUCGGCUCCCUGGGUGCCUAUAAUCUAGAGAUCUCCUCUCCUAGUGCUUCCCAUGUUGGCAUUAUUUCUGUGUGUGUUUCUUUGCAUGCAGGCUGCUCGUGCACAGGAUUGCUUUGCUCCCCACAUCGGCAGGCUGCGUGCCUGCAGCCCCCCCACGGGUCUUGUUGGAGGGGUUGUGAUGUGGGACUGCCCCAAGGGAUGCGAUGGGAAUGAUUUAUCAGGAUGUGCCCCUGCAUUUUGGAGGAUUGCCACAGCACAGGGGGGGAACGGCCUUGCUUUGAGGGACACCACCUGUACCCCCUCUGCGUUAUCCAUCCCUAAAGAGUCACAGCAUGGAGGGGGUUGGAAGGGCCUGCCCAUGCAGGUGAGAAGGCCAAGGAGAAGCUAACCUGAGAGGUGCUUAGCAGCAGUCAGCAGCUGCUAAUUAUCCCAUGCUCCUGCUCGUUUAUCCCAUGCUCCUGCUCGUUCUCAGGAGAGCUGGAGAACUCUUUGAUCUGCCUCUGUUUAGCUUUCUAAUUGGAUUGGGGUUCUGGAUGCUGCUGCUGGCGGUUUUGGGGUACUGAUGGAAAGAGAGACGUGUGUCAGUCCUUGGACAGCAGCAGGGAAAUGUUCUCUGUGCAGCUGGAGGAGUGCUUGGGUCACCAUUCUCAUCCUUGUCCCCAUGCAGCUAUCAAUAGGGCUCUUUUAUAUGGUCUCCUGCAUACCCGUUUUCCUUCCCCUGCGUGUCCCUGAGGUUUCAUGCCUUUCUCACUCGAGUUUCAUGGAGCACAGAGCUGAGUGCUGCCUUCCUCCUGCUCAGGAACUGCGUCAAGUUUGCAUCUCAUUGCUGUCCCACUAUUCCAGUCAGUGGGUUUGCUCAUUUUGUGGCCUCUUUCAGUCCCUACUGCAGCAGUGAGUCUGAGUAGAACUCCAAGAGCAUCGGCAGAGGCUGAGAGAGGUCUGUCUGCUUGAGAAGGAGUUGCAGAAGCACCAAUACAGUUAAAGUGCUGUGGAUAUAACAGCAUGAUCUCUAUUAUUAUUCCAAAUAGAACGCCUUUCUCCGGUUGAGUAAUAAAAUAAGAUCAGAAAAAUACCUCUCUCAGAACAGCUUCCAAGGUGGGAAUGAUGCCUGUGGCAAAUAUCUGGCCUAAGAUCUGACCCCAAGAGCCAGUUUGCAGCAAGCACCAUGCCAGCUGUCAGCUUAACCACUGACAGUCCCUCAGAGGUGGCAGCUGUGCAUCCCAGUGUUUUUGGAGCUGGGGGGGACGCUGUUGCAACAGAAGCAACUGCCAGCUGAAGCUCUAUAAGCAGUAGAGAAGAAUGGGAGCGUUGUGGAGGGGCGUUUGAUUCCACCAGCAGAAGGGAAGCUUCUGUUGUUUCCUGAGAGCAGCAACAUGGUAGUGGUGGUUGCAAUGAAAAUGCCAAAUUAGAUGGGAACAAUGAGCAUUCUUGCAGUCAGACACAGCAGAGGCCCUGAUGAGUUGUGCUAGGUCUGCUCUCUUGGGUGUUAGCAGGAGAGAGGGAGAGUCUUGCACUCGAUAGCAUAUAGAUGUGCAUCCUGAUUGGGUUUGGCUGUAGCUGUAAUUAGCCCAGGCCAUUGGGACAGGCUCCCUUAAAGGCUGGAAGGAAGGAGUGAGCGGUUGGGUGGGAAUAGACUCGAGCAUCUUCUGCAUAUUUACAGUGGAUUAGGCCUUUUAUUUUAGGGUCAGCGCAGCCUUAACCUGUGUGCAGUGCUUUAUGGCUAAUGCCAGCAUUGCUUCUGGGUGCAAAGCACACGUGAGGAAUGCCUGCAUGCCUGAUGGACUUCAAAGGGGAAAGGGGAACUGGAAAAGGUCUCCUUCCUCCACUGCUCUCCCUCAUUGGUCCCAGCUUCCUCCUCACUCUUUCCAGGGCAGUGAGAAAUGAAACGUGUGAUAGAGCCCAUCUUUCUGCCCCUCCAGCUGUUGGCACAUCUGUUAGUGUGCGGAGGACGCGAUGCACGUUACCAUAUGGCUGCAACGUUAGCAACUGAAACUCUGAUGGCUGCUCCCAUAGAGCCAAGCUAAUAUUUCAGCAGGCUGUCUCUCCCCACCCGGCACACGGAGACCCUCAGGUUGAAUAUUGGAGCUCUUCUUGUCUUCUCAGGGCGCAAAGCAGAGCAGAUGUAAGCCUCGUGCUGUACCAUGCAGCAGUGCAUUGAUGUUUGGUGGCUGUCCCCAGCUCUGGAGGUGGUUUAUGAGCAGAGAGCCCAAAUGUGGGGCUGCUGCGUGGAUCGCUGCAGUCACACAGUGAAGCAAAACAGGCAGAAAUAGAAGCUGGAAUGCCUGAGCCCACAUGCAGCAGAGUUGGAGCUUGGAAGUCUGACAGACAAAUAAAGCUCAGUGCUAACUAGUUGCAGCAGGAGGCUUCCCUCGGCCACGGGCGUUUACUAUGAAGCAAAGCAAGGGAAGGAGCAGAGAGCUGCCCUUCUUCCAGAUCUGGGCCUGGCCCUGUCCAUAGGUGAGGUUCAGCAUGGCUGUGACAGCAGUUGUGCAGAAGCAGCAGCCCAGCUGUGCGCCAGGCACGGCUGUGUGCUCAUCCUUACAUCACUGUCUGCUCAGCACCCAUUGCUAGAAAGGAGGAGAAUUAGGAUAACACAGCACCUGGCUGCAGAGGUGCACAGUGAUGUAAAGGCUUUAUAGAAUGUAUUAGCACUAAUUAACGUGUUGGGAAGCUGGAAGCCAGCUUGGGCAGCACAGCACUUGAGCACCUCCUAAAUUGGUCAGGGCAGACUCUGCCUAGUCUUUAAUUUGACCUCUCCAGCAUGCACUGAAGUAGUUAGAUCUUGGUGACACCAGAGCCUUGUGACACUGUGCUCCCACAGGAUUAGCUAACAGAGUUCAUCUGCUGAGUCUAAACAGUUGUGCUCUCUCUGUGCACGUUUGUAUACACAUAUGAGUGAGGGGACAGCCCACAGCUCAUUCUUUUACAGCAUAUUUGAUGCUGGGAUGGCGCUCCAAAUGGUGUCUUCGUCUCGAUGGUCCCUCAUUUGUUAGGGACCCAGCAGCACAGUGCAGACCCACGGAUGGUCCUCCAGAGCAUCUUUGUGUUGCUGUGAGUGCAGGCAGGAAGCAAGGCAGAGGGUGAUCUACAAGCAUUGGGACGCAGCCAGGCUUUGGAUUAAUGCAUCAUGAGCAUCGUUUCACCAUCUUUUGGUAGAGUGAGUUUUUCCAAGCCAUGGAGCAGAUUAAAGUAGCACCAAGAAAGAGAGUCUGAUGGAAGCUUUCUUCUGCAUUACAGCUUUGCUAUCUCACGUCUCUCACAACAGUUACAAAUGAGUGAUAAAUUAACAUCUGAGGAGAGAGGAAUAGGUGAGAGGGAAAGAUGUGGCUUUAAUUGCAGUUUUGGCCAAAAAAAAGAAGAUGGUAAAUACAGAAGGAAGUACAGGGAAGGUGUCCAGUGCCUGAAACUGCAAACUCGUUUUGCUGGUGAUUCCUCUAAGUGCUCUUUUUAUGCAUGGAAAUAACAAGUGCCGUUUAGAAAGCUCCCCUUUCUCUUACAGAUAGAGAAAUGGAGGCCUGUCCAGGGUAGGUCAUUUGUGAAGCUGGAGGCAGAAGGAAGAGGGAAAUCCUUACCUGUGAACUUUGUGCUUGCAGCACCAUCUCUUCUUGCAGUGUGCUCUGCAGGACAGCUCUCCCUUUGCUGCUGUUGACACAUGGAGAGGAACAAAAGGUGGGAUUCUUCCUGCACAGUUGCUCCCACGUAGCAUCCAAAGGUAGGGAACUCCGUCUUGUUAACGCGCCCAAUCUCCGACAGCCACACCACUUAAUUUUGGCUUCAGUUUUGUGUUUUGCCCCUCUGGGGCUGUCCUGGCUGGACCUCACAGCACACCCACCACAGCUCCUAACAGAAAACCGACUGCUCAUAGAAUUUAAGUUGGAAGGGACCUUUAAAGGCCAUCUGGUCCCACUCCACCAAACAGGGACACCCGCAGCUCCAUCAGUGCUCGGAGCCCACCCUCCCCACCCGGUGUGCCCGCAGGGAUGGGGAGGCACUCCCAGCGCAAGAAGCACGAAAAGCUUCUUCUUUACGCUCAGCCUAAACCCCCCCUACUCGCGAAACCGUUUCCAUCCCCCUCAUCCCAUCACAGCGGGAUGAAGGGGAAAAAAAAGAAGAGAACAGGAGGCAGCCUUCCUCGUGCAGGCGGUGCCAGGCGGAGCGGGGCGGGCUGGCGGCGGGGAUCGCCGUGCCGGAGCCGUGCUGGCUGCCCCCCGCCGCUGCCCCCGGCGCAGCCCCGCCGCCCGUCGCUCACCCCCUCGCCCCCCCGCCGCCGGCGCGCCGCUUGCCAGCGCCUCCGCUGUUGAAAUGGGCCAAGUUCGAGGAGCGGCGGCGGCGGCGGAGCGGCUUUUGCUCCGAGCGCCCGAACCGCGUGCAGCGGGAGCCGAGAGGAGGGGAGCCCGGCUGCGGCCGGCGGGGGGCGGCGCUCGGGGCUGCGGGCGAGCCCCGGAGCUCCGGAGGACCGCGUGUGCGAGUGCACCUCCCGCUCCGAGCCCCGUGCGGGAGCGGCCGUCAAACCCCCCCUCUUCCCCUCCCCGGCGGCGGUCGGGGCAGGUGGAGCUGCGGGAAAGUUCGCCGCCGGUGCGCGGAGCCCCGCGGGCAGAGCCGGGUUGGGGGGGGCGGUGCGGAGCGGAGGAGCGCAGCGUUUAAUUUUAAUUAUGGCAUAUAAAUAAAUAAACCAGGUGUCAGUUGAAAGGAAAAGAGCGGGGGGGGGGGGGGGGGCGGAAGGGGGCUGGCUGGGCGGCGGGGAGCCCUGCAGCCUGGCGAGAAGGUGGGUCGAUCUGGGGGAAUCAAUAAGCGUGGGUCUUUUUUUUUUUUUCGUCUUUCCCCCCCCCCCCCCCCCCCCUCUCUCUCUGUGUUGUGUUGGGUUGGGUUGGGUUUUUUUUUCUUCCUUGAAACCAAAAUAAUGUCUCCGGCGGCACAGAGCUCUCCGCGAUGUCAGGUAGCAGUCCGGAGGGGAAGCUCUGCGCACCGCACGGCGGCUCCCGGGGCUGCGCCGCUCCAUUAAGCGCUCCGUGGGAGCCGCGCUGGGGAGCCGGGCCGGGGGGGCUGCCCGUGGGCUGCUCCGGGGGAGCCCCGCCACCCCCGGCACCCGGGCGCCAAAGGUGCUCGUGUUGCUGCUGCUGUUGCUGCUGCUGCUGGCGCGUUCCAUCCCAACUCCAGCCAGAGCCGGGGCAAGUUGAGCCGGAGACGUUCGAGCCGCCGCCGCGCUUCGGAGAGACGGGGGAGAGCGGCGGCACCAUGCCUGCCAUCAAGAAGGAGCGACUUGACAGGGAAGAGCUGGCCCUGGCGGCCUUCAACCAGCCCAUGGAGACCCUCCCCGACUACCUCGCCCCGCUGGCAGCCGCUGCCAUGCCGGUGGUGGCCCCGCACCCGCCGGCGUACGAGCAGAUCUUCGCCCACCGCGCGUACCUGGGCUUCCACGAGAGCCCCCACCCCCCGCACCCCCCCCACCUCCCCGAGGACCUGAUGCUGGAGAGGUUCUCCUCCAUCCCGGAUUUCCAGCCCUUCUUUGACAACGGAGAGCCGUGCAUCGAGGUGGAGUGCGGGGAGAACAAGGCGCUGCUCUACAUCAAUAAGUUGUGCCAGGGGAGCAAAGGACCCUCCAUCCGCUACCGGGGCGAGUGGCUCACCCCCAACGAGUUCCAGUUUGUCAGCGGCAGGGAGACGGCCAAGGACUGGAAGCGCAGCAUCAGGCACAAAGGGAAAAGUUUGAAGACUCUUAUGUCCAAAGGAAUCUUACAGGUACAUCCUCCAAUCUGUGAUUGCCCUGGGUGUCGAAUUUCGUCUCCAGUGAACCGGGGUCGCCUGGCAGAGAAGAGGACGAUCCCCCUGCCCCCAACCAGGAUCCCCAAGAAAGAGCUGACCUCCAUUUUCUCGCAUAGUGACGACAGCGAAGAGAGUGACAAGGGCAAUGGUCAGCACCCCGAAGUGAAGCAGGAAGAGGAUCUCCAUAUCAAUAUCAUGAAAAGAAGGAUACACACCCACUGGGAUUUAAACAUCUCCUUCCGAGAGACCUCUUGCAGCCGUGAUAACGACCUCUCCACUAUCAUCUCCAACCUGCAUCAGAGCCGCCAGCUCGUUAUGCCAGAGACCCAGAGCCGCUGUGAAUUCAAGAGGAACAGCGUGGAUGUUGGCUUGGGAGCUGCAGAUGACAUUUUAGGCAAGAGAAGAGUAUGCUCUCCCAACAGCAGCAGUGAGUGCCCGUUAGAGAGCAAGAAAGCCCGAAGUGAGUCCCCAAAGGAAAACUCCCACACGCCUCUGCUGGAGGACUCGGUGACUCAGAUGACCCCAGAGGAGCACUACAGGCGCAUGAUGUCGGCGCUGAACGAGCACAGCACCUUUGAGGAGCAGCAGCAGCAGCGGCUCUACCAGUUGGCCAACAGCAUGGCGGUGCCCAGCCAUGGAGAUCUGCUCCGGGCUCGGCAGGAGGUGGCGGCGGCGGCGGCUGCGCGGAACCCCGGAGCGAUGGAAGCUCACAUCCCCACGGGCGGCAAUUCGUCCUCGCAGCGCAGGAAGCAGGGCCUCCCCCAGCACCGAGACAGCCACUUCCCCGACAGGGAGAUAUCCCACCCACCGCCUCUGCUCUCACCCCAGAACGCGCCCCAUAUUGCCCUGGGGCCCCACUUGCGACCUCCUUUCCUCGGGGUGCCUUCAGCCCUGUGCCAGACACCAGGUUACGGGUUCCUACAGCCGGCACAAGCAGAGAUGUUUGCACGGCAGCAAGAGAUGCUACGAAAGCAAAACCUGGCAAGGUUGGAGAUGUCGGCCGAGAUCAUCCGCCAGAAGGAGCUGGAGAACCUCCACCGGCAGCGCCUGCUGGCUGGUGACCCCCUGAGCCUGCACCCCGGCUUGCCCCCAGACCACCCCGCCCUGCGCAACGUGCACGACAUCCCCGAGGGUCACCCGCUGCGGGACGAGCUGUCCCGGCGCAACGCCAUGCUGGUGCUGCGGCACAACAACGCGCCCCUGCUGUCCCUCAACCCCGGCGUCCCCAGCAGCUCCACGCCGCCCAAGGAGCAGCCGCGGCGCGGCAGCCGGAAGGCGGCGCAUCACCGCGCCGAGCCGCAGGGACCCAGCGAGGCCAAGGAGCCGGCGGAGCCGAGGGCGCGGGAUGGGGCACCGGACUGUAACGAUGAGGAGAUGAAGGACUCGGAGAGCGACGCCGAUGUGAGCGAUGAGAAACCGGAGAGCUUGAAGGCAGACAGCGGCGGCUCAGCCACGGAGCUGAAGGAGUGCAAAGAGACGGGCAAGGGAUGCGAGGGGAGCAAGGAGCUGGGCGAAGGCACCGGCAGCCAGAACGCACCCUGCAGCUCCUCCAGCGCCGAGUCCCCCAGCCACCUGCUUGGUGCUGGCAUCAACAAGAGCGAGGUGAAGUACCUGCCGCCAGCCUCCAUCCCACCGCCUCAGCCGCUGCCCUUCGGCUUCCCCUACACCAUGAGCCCCUACUUCCACGCAGGCACCAUGGGAGGUCUCUUUCUGGAUGGCGAUGAGAGCCCGGCAUUGGAGGACAUCAGCAAAUGGACAGUGGAGGACGUGUGCAGCUUCGUGUCCAACCUGGCGGGUUGCACUGAGUACACUCAGGUAUUCCGUGAGCAGGCCAUUGAUGGUGAGACCCUCCCCCUGCUGACAGAGGAGCACCUGCUGAACAACAUGGGGCUGAAGCUGGGGCCGGCACUGAAGAUACGCUCACAGGUCGCCAAGCGAGUGGGCAGGGUGCUCUACAUGGCUGGCUUCCCCAUGGCCUUCCCCCUGCAGCCCCCAGGGCUGCGGCCACCGGAGCGGGACCUUCCCCCAGCUGAGCUGAGGCCCUCAUCCACGGGCAGUGUGUCCUCCCCGUUUGGCAGCGCGCUGCCCUCCGCCAGCCGCAUCUCCCCAAAGCAGGAGAACGGGAACCCCUCCAUCGGGGCUGGGCUCAGCGACACCACCAAACCACCAUCCUAACAGCUCCCGGCUGCUCCUGGAACUGAGGCUGUGUCCAACACAACGGAAGGUUUGGGGAGCAGGAGAGCCUCCCUCGGCAGCGUGAGACGGAGGAGCGAGGAAGGGAGGGUUUCAUUUGUUGUUGUUAUUAUUUGGGAUGCGUUUUGCUUUUGGGUUUUCUUUUUUUUUUUUUUUUUUUUGCUUAAAGGAAAAAAAAAAAAAAACAGUAAAAAACUGUCAAAAGGGAAGGAAUAAACUAUCCAAAGAUGUAUUGAGACAAGGCCAAGUGAAGAAGAGAAAGGAGGCCGUGCUGGAGGGCGGUGGUACCGUUCCCUUCGCCUUCUCUCGCGCCCUGGGAAAGCAGAGCUGUGAUUGUUGGGAAUGCUCUUUGCCUUCGAGGAGCUCCAGGCACUGGGGGGGGACUGGCACUGCUCCUCCAUCAGGACUCAGCACGGCUGAGCACAACACCCAUCACAAACAGAACCCCCCCCUCCCUUUCCCACGGAUCUCCUCCUCUCCCUGGAAACUGCGCUCAGUUCCUCCAGUCAGCUGUCUAUGCAUCUCUCGUGAACUUUUGCAAACAAUACCAAAGACAGGACAACAAGUUACAAAAAAAAAAAAAGAAAAAAAAACAAAAAAAAGGCAAGUUCUGGUCCAUGUUUACUCUGGUGUGGAUGGUACGGCACAGGCGGUGUGUGGGGCUGCCUCUGCACACACUGCUGGACUCUGCCCAGCCCUGCACAGCUGGAUUUGCUUGAGUUAUAAGGAAGAAAUGAGUGUGUGCUCAAUGGGGGGAGUUCAGGGUUAACCCCCCCCCCCUCCGGUCACGUGUACUGCGGACUCAUUUAUAUACCUUUGGGGUUUUUUUUUUGGUUGUUGGUUGGUUUGUAGGAUUCCUGGUCUUUUACAAGCCUUGGUACAGAGGUGGCUGUCGUUGCACAUUCAGGCCUGCUGCAGACCAUGAGGCAGAGCUCCCCGUGUGCCCCCAGCAGAGGGGGGCGGGGGGGGGGAUGCUGGGGGUGGGGGGGUAAAAACAGCAGGCAGACUUUUGACUACUGUGAAUGCAAUGGUAACUCCUGGGGGCAACCUCCUGUGACCUGUACAGUUGUGAGCAACAAUCACAAUCAAUCACACGUGGUACUUUUUUCUCUCCCUCCCUCCCUCUCCUCUUUUCGUUUUGUUGAAACGUUGCACGUGCUGCCAUGGGUUAUUUUUUUUUUCCUUACCAAAUAGCUUGGUGGUACAUUAGCUUCUUUAUAUUGUAAAAAAAAAAAAGAAGAAGAAAAAAGCAUCAACCCCCCCCCCAUCCCUUGUCAUUAUCCAUCACAUCACAAUAAAAAAGAUGCUUUCCAGCAAUCAGUUUAAAUAAAAAAGGACACCACUCAGUUUACAAACAGUA